UGCUCUAUAUCUUGGCUGUUGGUACUGUUGGUACUGAUCUAAUCUGAGUGAACCUCUGCUUACAGUUUACAUGGUAGGAGGCCCAAUUCUCUGAAAUUAAUAAGGUGGAACAGAGUCACUGAGGCUAAAAAGUUUAAUUUUUAACAGGAUUGUAUGUUGUUGAUGAAUCUCUAAGGCAACAUUCCCAUUGAACAGCUAUGAGCAAAGAGAGAGCCUUUUCAGUUUUAUUUUAGAUUGUUAUUUUCCAGAAAUGUCUCAAAAAUAGGCAAGUAGCUAUUGAUGACUUGGUUGAAAGUACGAAAAAACAGCAAAACAGAUAAGCUGGUGAAGACUGAGUAGAUAUUAAUGUUGUACCUUUCCUUUGGGAAAAUAGCCCAAUAAUUUAAGAACAUUCUUUUUGAAUUUGUAUUGGCAAAUCAACAAAAGUGUGGCUGCUGUGCCUUGUGUGGAGCCGAGACGUGACAAUGCCAAGUAAAGCACAAGAGGAUGCUGUGAUCAACCUGAAGUCUGUCCAGGAGAUCUCCAGGGAGCUGGGGUUUGAGUGGACUGUUCUGGCCUACGAGCUGGGCUUCUCCAGGACUGAGGUCCAUCAGUUCCAUACCACAUCCACAGAGAAGACGGUCCAGGCCAGAAGCAUGCUUGAGUGCUGGUAUGAGAGAUCUUGGGACAAGUCCAACAAGACCAAGUUGCUGCAGGAUGGUCUGGAGCGUGCCGGGCGCCGCGACCUGGCUGAGAGGCUGCGCUGCCUCCACUGGGGCCACCAGAAAUUGAGCCGCAGGGUGGAGCUGCCAUCCGCCUUCCCCUUCCUCAUCACUGUCCACAGGACCAUCGAGAACCGUGACGGCCUCCGCCGGAUCAAUGACCUCAGCCGCAGAUUCACCUGAGGCAUGAGAAAAAAUAUGCCUUGAUACACCUGAAAACACAUGGACACAUAUUCUCUAAGCACAUGCAAACACACACAGGCAGACAUCUAUUGAUCUAUCACUGAUGAGAUGGAUGCCUGUACAGCCACUUCAAAUAACAGAUUGAAUUCACAUUCAAAACAGUCUUUGAAAAAUAUAGACAAAUAAACAGAUUUUAAGAUAA